UAACCUGCGUGCUUUUAAAGCGUUAAAAAUGUGUCUGUAGUUUAUGAUUGUGAGACGUUUACACUCUGGUACUAGCAGUAGUAGGAAGUAAGUACAUGUGUGUGUGGUGAAAAACAUGCAAUUAAAAAUGUCAAAACCAUUUAAUCAAAAUGCUGUGAAGCAAUUAUUGCUGCAAGAAAAUGAGUUUAUUUCGAAUAUAUUUUCAAAAAUGCCAUUGCCUAUGUCUGAAUUAGUUUCAGAUGACAAGAGUAAAUUAGUUACACACAAGAAUAAGAAUAUGCCAAAAGAUAAUAUUUUACCAAAUUUAAGUGGAAAGAAAAAGAGGGCACAAACAUUUGAGGAGUUACAUGCUAAAUUGGAGGGAUUAAAGAAUGUUAAACGAUUGGGAUAUAAAGAAAAGCAAUUAAAAAAGAAUUUGAAAACCAGAAUUAAAAAAAUGACAAAAAGGAAAGAACGGAUAAUGCAAAAGAAACAAGUAAAAAUAGAGCAAAAUGGGAAUACUUUGUCUAACAUAAAAGAAGAAGAUAGCGAAGUACCAAAGGUUCCAAGACCAAAGCCUGUGUUUAAUUCAGAAGGCAAAAUGGUAUUUAGUAAAUUUGAUUUUUCUGACCUUGGAACAAGAAAAAAGCUGCCUAAAAAGGAUGCAAAAAAGAUGUUACUAGAGUUGAAACAAAAAAAGGAGAAGUUAAAAGCAAUGGAACAAUCAGGUGAAAAAGAAAGAGUAGAAGAAAUUAAAGAAAAGGAUGCAUGGCAGUCUGCCCUGGCAAAAGCUGGUGGUGAGAAGGUGAAAAAUGAUGUAGAUUUACUUAAGCGAACAUUAAAAAGGAAAGAAAAUAAAAAAAGACAGAGUGCUAAAAAAUGGGAAUCUAGGUUAGACAAUGUACAGAAAGGAAUUCGAGAAAAACAAGAAAAACGACAGGAUAACAUUAUGAAGAGAAAGAAAGAGAAAAAGAUGCAUAAAUUAAAAAAAGCGGCUAAAAAGGGAAGGAUUAUACCCGGAUUUUAAGUAUAACGUAAAGGAUUAUAGAUAAAAGACAUUUAAUUCUAACAGAGUUAUUUUAUAUGUUAUGCAGUUUUAUUCUGCAUAAUUUAAUUAAAUUUUUAUAUUAAGACGAAUUCAACAUUUGUGUAAAUGAUAUUCAUUAAUUGAAUAAUACUCCUUAGGACAAAUUUGUAUUAACUUAUUGUUAAUAUCAGAAUACAAGAGAAUUGUUUUCAAACAAAUCAUUUUUUGUUGUUUAUAAUUAUAUUAUAUACACUCACAAAUGUGGAACAAUAUUUUACAUUGACAAUGCAAAAAUCAAUUGUAAUGUGUACAUAUUGUAUAAAUUUUGUAAAAACUGAACGUAGGUGUUGUAUAGACAGUGUUUUAUAAUCAUUUAUUUACAUAUUGUGAUAUUUGUUUGUACAUGGUAUUAACAAUUUUUUAUUUACACUAAUGAUGUAGGGUUUGUUGCCUCGUUAUAAGUUUUUCAUGAUAUAAAAAGCGGCAUGUUCAUAGAAUCUUGUACAAUUUGACAGUAUAAAAUUUAGUCAUUAAUUUUAUAUACGAGUGCAAAACUUGCUUGUAAAGAUCCACAUUCCAUAUAAUGUCCUCAGACUUUGAAUUGUUUUGUAUCGAAGAUCUCCUUACGGUCAGUUUCAUUAUUGUUCACGAUCUCAUAUACUAAAUUGUCAUAAUACAUAUAUAUCUUAUAAAUCUCUUAAUAGAUUAUGGGUAAGUCGAGUACGAGAGCUUCGAUGUAGCCGCCCUCUUCCACUUCCUGCUAGGUAUCACCAAGAGCAGAGGAUACAGCGUUAGCGUGUGUUAAUGCUGUCCAUAGAGGGCUAUGAUCCACGGAUAAUGGUACCACCGAUUUAGAUGAUCGUGGAGAC